CCAAGAGAAACCAAAAAGAGGUGGGAAAAUACACAUGCUGGUUGGUGCUGCAAGAAAAAGCAGAACUGCUCAUGUGUGGAAGGAAAAAGAAUGGACAAUUUAAAUGGAUAUUGCUGUGUACUGCCUCUUUAAGAGGAAAGCCCAGAAGGCCUUUGGAUGAAACAAGCUUUAUAUUCCAACUGGCAAUCAACUAGCCACUCCUGGUACCAUGUGAUAUUCUUGUAGGAACAAUGUCCAGGAGCCAGCGUGUUAAACGAACAACAAAACUUAUUAAAUGUUUACAUAAUUGGAAAGUCUUCGUUACAAUUAAAGACCUUUCCUGGAUAUACCUCAGGAAACACAGAAGUAGAACUCGAGGACCACAGUUCACUGCAGUCCCUCCAGAUGCAGUAGAGCUCAAGACCAUAAAGAGCUGCAUGGAAGAAAUAAUUUUAAACAAGCCACAAAAUGGCUACUGAGCUCAAAAUGGCAGUCAGAAAUGACCUCUGAGGCCAUAUCCAUUCCUGAUCAGCGGAUAUAUGGAUUUAACCCUCCCCGGGUUUUCCCUGCAUAGACCAAGAUCAGGUGUCAAUUACCCAACUGCGGAUAUGUGGAACCGUGGAUGCUGGAUCUGCAGAUUGAAAAGGGAUGGUUGGAUGCAGGCCCCAGCGUUCAACAAGUUCAGAGCACACCAGGCUCCUCCUGACAAACCUCUGCUAUCUGCACUCCAGAGAGCCGCUUCGGAACUACUUCCCCAUGCCAGGAUCACAUUAUCAGUCCCUGCUGCUUCCAAGAAAUCUCAUCCAUUGCUUGUGGAUAGCCAAUAAAUGGAGAACCUCUCCGUGAAGGCAAGACACUCUGAGCUUUAAGUGACUGUUGAGAAUGGGGUGCCAUGCCUUUUAGGAGAACUUCAAAAGACUCUGCAUCAUUCAAGAGAGAAGAGCCGCACUAUCUGGGUCAUAUCAGCAUCUUCUCCACUCUGAUGAAAAGCAGGAGAGCCCAGAACCCGGAGGCAACUCUUUCCUACCCCAACAGUUCUUUUUAAGCAGUUAUUUAUCGACUGCUAGAAUAGCUGUGGAAGCAAUCUAGGCUUGGCUGGAAUGUGCUAGCUGGAAAUAUCUUCGCUGUGAUACCUCCCUCUGAAGAGCUAUUGUGGUGCACUCUUGUGAACUCCUCAGCUCUCAAAGCUGCUAAUGGAGCCUGCAACCUAAACCUUGUCUCUGAAAAUUUCCUGUGUGAUGGAGGGACAUUAGCCAGUUGUGAGCUUUGCAGCAGUGCUGACCAGCUUAUACAAACUAAAGGACUUGUGAUAUUUUGCCUACAGGGACACUAAGAUGGAGCAGUCUAUGGGAAACCCACUGCAUUCAGCGGUACUUACCUUCCAAUAAGGGCGCCUAAGACAGCAGCCUUGAUCUUUUGGCUACUAACCGCUCAGUCCUCUUUCUUGGCCAUCGGGGAAUUUUAGACUUCCGCUCCUUGUAUCUUGAUGAAUACCGUGACCGCUUGUUCAUUGGAGGAAAAGACACAUUGUACUCUCUUCGGCUGGAUCAAACCAACAUGGAUGCCAAGGAGAUUUACUGGCCACCUCUCCCUGGACAAAAAGAAGAAUGUUUUCAGAAAGGAAAAGACCCAAUGACGGAAUGUGCCAACUACAUCCGAGUGCUUUAUCCUUUAAACCGGACACAUCUAUUGGCCUGUGGGACUGGAGCUUUCAACCCCAUCUGUGCUUUUAUCUAUGUGGGACACCGAGGAGAGCAUGUGUUCAGCUUGGAUCCUACAAGUGUAGAAAGUGGCCGAGGCAGAUGUCCUCAUGAGCCCAAUAGGGCAUUUGCGAGCACUUUUGUUGGUGGAGACUUGUAUACUGGACUAACAGCAGAUUUCUUGGGCAGGGAUUCUGUGAUCUUCCGGACCAUGGGGCACCGCUCCUCUCUGCGCACUGAGAUGGACCAGCGUUUGCUUAAUGCACCCAAAUUUGUUGCUGCUUAUCUGAUCCCAGACAAUGAUGAUCGGGACAACGAUAAGAUCUACUUCUUCUUCACUGAAAAGGCAACAGAGUCAGACAACAAAGGACGUGCCAUCUUUAGCCGUGUUGGGAGGAUCUGUGCGAAUGAUGCCGGGGGACAACGAGUGCUAGUCAACAAGUGGAGCACUUUCAACAAGGCCCGGCUUGUGUGCUCCGUCCCAGGACCAGAUGGCAUUGACACAUACUUUGAUGAACUGGAGGAUGUCUUUCUUCUGAGAACUAAAGAUGGAAAGAGCCCUGAGGUCUAUGCCCUUUUUAGCACCAUCAGCAAUGUCUUCCAAGGCUUUGCCAUCUGUGUAUAUCGCAUGGCUGACAUCUGGGAAGUUUUUAAUGGGCCAUUUGCCCAUCAAGAUGGCCCUGAUCAUCAGUGGGCAGCCUAUGAGGGCAAAGUGCCUUACCCGAGGCCAGGAGUUUGCCCCAGCAAAACCACCAACCAGCCGAGCCGGCAGUACUCCUCCACCAAGGACUUCCCUGAUGAGGUUCUUCACUUUGCCCGUGCCCACCCGUUGAUGAGCAAAUCUGUGUAUCCAUUACAUCGCCAACCUGUGCUGGUGAAAACCAACCUGCAGCACCGCCUGCGACAGAUAGUGGUGGACCGUGUGGAAGCGGAGGAUGGGCAGUACGAUGUCAUGUUCAUUGGCACAGAUGCUGGCUCAGUCCUUAAAGUCAUAGCUCUUCAGAGAGGGAACUUUGCAGCUGCUGAAGAAGUCAUUUUGGAGGAGCUGCAGGUGUUUAAGGCGCCAAUCCCUAUUACGGAGAUGGAAAUUUCUGUCAAAAGACAAAUGCUCUACGUGGGCUCCCGGCUGGGGGUUGCCCAGGUGAGACUGCAUCAGUGUGAGACCUAUGGCUCAGCCUGCGCUGAGUGUUGCCUGGCACGGGACCCUUACUGUGCCUGGGAUGGGCUCUCCUGCACCAGGUACCAGGCAUCUGGCAAACGUCGGUUCCGUCGGCAAGACAUCCGUAAUGGGAACCCUGUGCACCAGUGCCUGGAUCAGAAUUUGACAUUAGAUGACUUUGACAGCACAGAGGAAAAGAUCGUGUAUGGGACAGAGCACAACAGCACCUUCUUGGAGUGCAUCCCCAAGUCAUCCCAGGCUACAGUGCAAUGGUUUGUUCACCGGUCUCCAGAGGAGCUACGAGAUGAGGUGAAAACUGAUGAGCGGAUCAUGAAGACAGAGCAAGGACUGCUGUUCCGCAAGCUCUUCCGCCAGGAUGCUGGGACUUACUACUGCAAGGCUCAGGAGCACAGUUUCACUCAGACGGUCACCAAAAUCACAUUGGAUGUGAUUGAAAGUGAGCAGCUGGAGCAGGUCUUCCAGCGGGAGCAGGAGGAGGAGCAGCCUCGCCCACCUUGCCUGGUGCCUGAUCCCCGCAUGCUUCAUGGCCAGAGGGUGUGGUUCAAAGACAUCAUGCACCUUAUUGGCUAUGCCAACCUGCAGAGAGUGGAGGAGUAUUGUGAGCGUGUAUGGUGCGGGGACCGCCAACUGCGGCACAAAGUCAGGCCCUCGAAGAGCAAAAACAUGUUGGAUGGUGGCAAAAAGGGGCGGGGCAAGCAGCACAGCGAGAGAAACCGGGUGCCUAGGCAAGCAGCAGCCACAUAAGAGGAAGGAGAGCCAGUACUUGGCAAGAGGAGAACAUGAGAGGAGAAAGAUCAUUAUGGACCGGCUUUCCUCCUCAUGAAUGAGAACCACCGUCUCUAGCAACAGUCCUUAUGACGGGGCUUGUCCAGAUGGGAGGGCCCACCUUGCUGAUCAGCUGAGCCUGGAGACAUUUCUUGCUGGGAGCACACGACUUCCCUGUGCCCCUGGCAUUGGUGACAAUGACUCAAGACCAGAGCUGGAGCAUUUCCUCCUUAUCCCUGACUGGUGCCUUUCACUCACAUAUUGGUGGUGGUUUAUUUCAUACCUGGAAAGGCACUGAAUAGCCUUACUCAUGAACAACAUGGUUUCCCAAUGCAGUGUAUAUUGGAUAUAGUGUAUAUAUCCAGUGCUGAACCCUAUGGGUAGGGCAUUAAUGAUGACCGAACUACAUGAUGCAGAGGCAUGAGUUCUGGGAGGGGACACCCAACCAUGUGUCAGGUUACAGGCAAAGGGAGACUAUCAGCAGUAGUGGUAGAAGCCACAACAGGUGGGAAUGAUGGAUAAUUGCAGCUGGGUUUGGACACAGGGAACAGAGCUCUGCUGGAGUGACAAGUGCCAGAAACAUCAGCUAUCAACACCGGGUGACAAGAUCGGUCCUUUUGGGGGUGGGGGGGGGCAGAUGCCCAGUUCCAGUGCAAUUGCCUGAAAUGUAUGAUAUGAGAGAGUGAAUGGAUGUGAUUGUCCUUGCGGGGAGGUGGAGGAAGGCAAUGUUAGUUGUAGAUCUAGGAACCUCAUUGCCCCAAGCUUACUAUGGCUCUGGUUUGGGGUUGUCAACGUUGACUGAAGAUAUUCCUUGAUUUCCCCCUCCCCCAUUUUUUUAAUCCAAUCUGCCCCCCCCCCAAUCAAGCCAUUAAAAUCUCCAGGAUUGUUUCAGUCGUCACAUGGAGAUUGAUGUUGAUUUCUGGAGACUCCAGGCUAGUUCUGAAGGGUUGGCAUCCCUUCUGUGGUUAACAGGCAGAAAGCUUUGGAAAGGUUUCAUAUAUAAGACUUAAAGUGGCUCUUCUUGUUCCACUUAUGUUUGUAAUGUGAAUAUGAAACCACAUUGGCUAAGCUGAUCAUUUUUAUUUCAAAUGACUCUUCUCCUUUCUUUUCCACACGAACAACUAUCAGAUUGUCACAUAAAUAGUGCAAGAGAGGCUCAAAAGUAAUUUCUGGCCAGAUGACCUGCUGCAUUUCAGCCAGAUGAAUCCUUUUCAGUUGCAAAGCCAGAGAGCAAUUUGUAGUAGUAGCAGGAAUUUCAGGAGGGAAAUGAGGGUGGCAGGAGAAGAGUUCAGCACCUCCUUCUCCCUUUCCCUUUCAGCCACAAAGUGUGCUCCCUGCAGGCACUUUGCAGCAAAGGAGGAGUCCCUGAGCUGCCAUUACACGUGGUUGCAGUUUAAAGUGAAAUUUGGUCCUUGGCCUUAUGUAUGCAAAAUGCCCUGUGCUUUGCAUGCAACCCCAGAACAGCCUUAUAUUUUAAUCCACACACAGGAUCUUCCCAGUCUGUGUCUUUCAGCCAUUCCUUCGCAAGAUUCACUAGGGCAUGCAACAUUGCCAUGGCCCAGUGUCAGAGCCCUGGAAGGCUAUUUACCUCUGUCUUCCAUUCCUGUUGUCUCUGAGGUUGUGUUGAUUCCUUAGAUGAAAUUGAUUAAACACCAACAGCUGAAUGGAAACCACCAGUUUGUUCAACAAAUAAAUCAAACCCUUAUGCAGCAGGUUCAGGCUGUGGGGCAAGUUUCCUCUUUUGCUUUCAAUGAUUUGACAUUCAUCCACACAAUGAAUGGUCUCAUAGCAAGCUGUGCCUGAGACUGAGAUUUAUUGUUAGAACCUCUUCCUACAAUGACACUGUAUGCAACCCAAGUUGAUUGUUUUUCUCAAACACUUAUAGAAGAGUGUAUGUGCCCAGAGGCAAGAUAAUAAAGCUCAAAUUACCACAGCCCCA